AUGAAAAUUAUAAAUUCAGUGGCAAAUGCUGUUCCUGGACCUCAUAAAGUUGAUCUUGGUAAUUCCGACAAGAUAAUUGUAGUUGAAAUUGUCAAGACUGUGUGCUUAGUCUUGAUCGGUGUUAUUGAAAAGUACAAGGAGUUGUCCAAGUACGACUUGAGGCAGUCACAUCGUCGGCACAGUAGUAGCUUGCUUGUCUUCUCUCAAACGAAGAGCAAAGCAACCUUGGAUCUGUUAUUUAUUGUCCGUUUAUGUGUUGUUUCAAUUAAUGAUUCUAUCUUCUCUUCUUCGUGA